UGGGCCCCAAAGCCCAGACAACUUUUCUGGGUUUCAGACAAGAAAGACUGCUAUUUUGGGCCAUUCUUACUCUCUUUUUCGCUUUUCAUGGGCGAUGAUGAUCAACAUCAAAACUAUAAAAGCUUGAUUUAGCUGAUUCUGCUUGGUUUUGUUAACGUUUACACUUGGUGUGCGAUCUGCUAAUUUGUAUCGACAGAGAAGAAAUGGAUUCAUCAAAAGACCUCACUUCACUUCCCGAAGAGGGCCGUGAAAUAGAAGAAGCAGAAGCAGAGCCGUCGGUAUCUGCUUUUGACUCUGUUCCUCGUCGCCCUCCUCCUCCUGCUCAAAGCUCAUUACACAAAUAUUCUCCUCUUGACUGGAAAGAGUUAUUUGAUCGAGAGGAAGAUGUUUCCGUUCCCAGUUCAACUGAUGUAUUUCAUGUGUAUAUCGCAGGAACUGAUGGGCCCGUUGUUUUUUGUCUUCAUGGAGGUGGUUAUUCUGGGCUUUCGUUUGCACUUUCCGCAAGCAAAAUAAAGGAGAAAGCCCGGAUAGUUGCCAUGGACUUGAGAGGACAUGGGAAAACAUCCACAGAAAAUGAUCUUGACCUAUCCAUAGAGACCAUGUGCAAUGAUGUUGUGGCUGUGUUGAAGGAGAUGUACGGAGACAAUCCUCCUGCAAUUGUGCUUGUUGGCCACAGCAUGGGGGGCUCAGUUGCCGUGCAUGUUGCUGCUAAGAAAGCAUUACCUAGCUUGGCUGGGCUGGUUGUUGUAGAUGUUGUAGAGGGAACAGCUAUGGCUUCUUUGGUUCACAUGCAGAAAAUCUUAUCAAACAGGAUGCAACAUUUCUCAAGCAUAGAAAAAGCAAUAGAAUGGAGUGUCAAGGGUGGUGCUUUAAGAAACAUUGAUUCUGCUCGCAUAUCUGUGCCAACCACUUUAAAGUACGAUGACUCGAAGAAAUGCUAUGUUUAUCGAUCACGUCUAGAAGAAACAGAACAAUACUGGAGAGAAUGGUAUGAGGGCGUUUCGGAAAAAUUUUUAUCAUCUCCGGUUCCAAAACUCCUGCUUUUAGCAGGAACAGACAGACUGGACAGAACUCUUACAAUUGGCCAAAUGCAAGGCAAGUUCCAAAUGGCGGUUGUCAGACAUACCGGACAUGCUAUUCAGGAAGAUGUACCUGAUGAAUUUGCAACCCUGAUAGUUAAUUUCAUAUCUCGCAAUCGUAUAGGGCCUCAUGGAGUUGAGAUACCUGGACUUUGUCGGCCAUUGCAGGCUUCACAGCCACAACAUUGAAUAAUACUGGACAAAUUAGUAGGGAGCUCCGCCUAUUCUUGAGGAUACAUCACAUGCCGGAUUUAGUAAAUAUGUUUAGAGGUCUCUUUUCCUUUGAUCAGUGUUCAAUUCCUGAACUAAUAAUCCAGGCUUGUAAACUCUCAAGUUUAUAUACUAGCACUGAUAUAUAACUAUUAGUGACCUGUUUUUCAGUAA